AUGGAGCGAGCACUACAAGCGCAGUUGGUGCCUGAAGAGCAGUGUGUUGAAUUUGCUACCUAUCUGCUCACAGAGGAAGCAUCGCAUUGGUGGCAAGGGGCUCGACGUCUCCUACAACAGGGGAAUGAUCCUAUCACUUGGGAUGCCUUCCAGGUGGAAAUAUCACUUAGGAUGCCUUCCAGGUGGAAUUCUAUAAGAAACAAAUAUGAGGAGCUAUUCAGGUUUUUCCGCAUGUGUCAAGGAACCCCGGGAGACUCUGAGGAAUGGAAGUGUAUUAAGUAUGAGGGAGGACUUCGAAGUGAAAUCCUGAGCUCCGUUGGACCGAUGGAGAUUAGGGUCUUCUCCGAACUCGUGAACAAGAGCCGUAUUGCUGAAGAAUGUGUGAGGAAGGCUGUUGAGGCGAAGAAUGACCGCCGGGAACCCCACCGCAGGGAGCACAAUCAAGAAUACCCAACAAGAGGUCAAGAGUUUAAGGGGAGAGGGUACAUACAACACUUUCCCCAAGGACGGAAUAACUUUGCGACGAGUGAGGAGUCCCAAAGGAACGGUAAGGGAAAACGGGUAGCGGCUACUUCUGAUGUUUUGAGCUGUCAGAGAUGUGGAAGUCAUCACCCAAAUAGGCCAUGCCGAUUGGGGUUAGGUGUAUGUUACAAGUGCGGGUUACCAGGGCAUGUAUCAAGAAAUUGCCAACAAGGAGAGAGUCAGGAUACGGGCCGAUUGCGACAGUAA